CCCGCAGCAUCAGCGGCGUUCGAGACUACGGUCUACUCGUCAGUGUGGCAAGCGGCUAAGAGGGGAAAACGGGUCCGUCUCGGGGAAGAGGUGUCCGCGAAAACCGGGAACUAAACCGGUUGAAGCCUCGGCCCUUGUCCUGCGGGAGUUUCCCACCGCUCGUCUCCCGUCCUGGCUGCAGAUUUUGUCUCCCUAAAUCUGAGCUUAAAUCUUCGCGGCUGACUGGAUUGGUUCAAGUUGUGCUGCUGCAGAAGCUGGACUUGCAAGAGGCAAAAGAUGGACCAGCUGUCCGACGAUGAGGUGGAGGUCAGAGAAGGGGAGGAAGAGGAGGACAGUGAUAAAGAAGAUCAGGAUCUGGAUAAGAUGUUUGGAGCUUGGCUGGGAGAACUGGACAAACUCACGCAGAGCUUGGAUGAUGGCCGCCCGGGGCGCCCCCCUCAGCGUAAGGCACCUCUUAGACAGGAGACCAACAUGGCCAACUUCUCCUACAGAUUCUCCAUCUACAACAUCAAUGAGGCAUUGAAUCAGGGGGAAAAUGUCGAUCUGGAUGCUCUCAUGGCGGACCUCAGCUCUAUUGAACAGGAGCUCAGUACCGUCAACCCCAAACAAAACAGCAGCAUGACACGUUUAGGACUCACCGAUACCAAGGUUCGUCAGAAGCCCCCAGCAGGGCGCAGUAACAGGCAGCAAUCAGCGGGCGGGAGCGGCGACAGUGGUGGAGGCAACAGUGUCGGUGGUGGCGGCAGCAGCGGGGCGAGCAGUAGCAGCAGCAGCACCAGGGCCUCACCUGCCGGUACCAUCAGGAUUUGUCCUGGGCAACAAGGGAGGCAGGCGCUGGCGUCAAACUUUAGCCUGGAUGAUAUCACUGCCCAGCUCGAGAAGGCAUCAAUGAGCAUGGACGAAGCUGCUCGUCAAAGCUCCUCCCACUCACUCGGCUCAACCUCCACCUCUGCCUCAGUACGGCGUCCAGCAUCCAGUCAGCGGCAGCAUCGGCGCACGGGAUCGGUUGGCACCGUCAGUGAGCAUGAGGUGCGAUCUGUCAUCCACUCUUCACGCUCGUCCGUCACGUCAGCCUCAGGAACGUCUGUCAACUCUGCCUCCUCGAUGGAUUCCCUAGACAACGUUCUUCAUGCCAGCAACUGUGACGGCCAUCCUGCUUCAGUCCCACACCCAGCCAAUGACACCGGCCAGAGUCAGCACAGCACGGAGCACUCCUAUCUGGACAGGGAAACCUCUCUGAUUCUGAGAAACAUAGCAGGGAAACCUUCACACCUGCUGACCAAGGAGGAGCAGGCUGCAAAGCUGAAGGCGGACAACAUCCGAGUCGCCCUGGAGAAGAUAAAGGAGGCCCAGGUGAAAAAGUUGGUGAUUCGUGUUCAUUUGUCGGAUGAGAGCUCGAAAACCAUGAUGGUGGAUGAGAGGCAAACCGUCAGACAGGUUUUGGACAGUUUACUGGAGAAGUCCCAUUGUGGCUACAGUCCAGACUGGUCGCUGGUGGAAACCAUUAAUGACCUGCAAAUGGAACGCAUCUUUGAGGAUCAUGAGAACCUGGUGGAGAACCUGCUAAACUGGACCAGAGACAGCCAGAACCGUCUCAUGUUCACUGAACGCAUUGAGAAGUAUGUGCUGUUUAAGAACCCGCAGAAUUAUUUGUUGGGGCGGAAGGAGACGUGCGAGAUGGCUGAGCGGAACAAAGAGGCCCUGUUAGAGGAGUGUUUUGGUGGCAGCUCAGUGUCAGUCCCGGAGAUGGAGGGCGUGCUGUGGCUGAAAGAAGAUGGAAAAAAGUCCUGGAAGAAACGCUACUUCCUACUGAGAGCGUCUGGGAUCUACUACGUCCCCAAAGGCAAAGCCAAGGCAUCCAGAGACCUGGUGUGUUUUCUCCAGUUGGACCAUGUGAACGUCUACCACGGCCAAGAUUACAAGAGCAAGUACAAGGCUCCGACCGACUUCUGCAUGGUUCUCAAGCACCCUCAAAUCCAGAAGAAGUCUCAGUACAUUAAGUAUCUCUGCUGCGAUGACGUCAGGACACUCCAGCAAUGGGUCAACAGUAUUCGCAUCGCCAAGUAUGGCAAGCAGCUGUACAUCAAUUUUCAGGAGGCCAUGAGGAGGACAGAGGCCGCCUACGACUGGUCGUCGCUGUCCUCCUCCUCAAUCAAGUCGGGGUCUUCCUCCUCCAGUCUUCCAGAGUCUCAGUCAAACAACUCCAGCCACUCAGACAGCGGAGUGUCAGAGACAACAUCAUCAGGCCACGCCCGCUCCCAGAGCGUUGUCAGCUCCAUCUUCUCGGAUGCGUGGAGGAGGGGAACACAGGGAGAGAUGAUGAAGAUGGAUGCCAUCAGUAAGCCCAUCCCUUUGCAAAUCCCUACCGUCUCCUCCCAGCACCUCCCGCUUUCGCAGGCUCAAACGCUGCCCUCUCGAAGCAGCUACACCGACGGGAUGGUUCAGCCCGACGAUUCUUCAUCUCUGUCCGUGGCCGAAGGUGAGGCCUGCCAGACGGCUUCGGUGGCCGCCUAUGUCAAGUACAGCACGUUGGCUCGCCUGCAGAACCAGAACCAGUCUCGAACGCAGCCGGCCGCAAACGCCCCGCUGCCCAACUACAACACUCUCCCGGCCGCUUACGGUGCCACCUCUCCGUCGCCUCCGUCCCCACCGCCGCCUCUUCCACCUGCAGCUCCUGUUCCUGGCUCCGCGGUGAAAUUCAGCCUACCCGGUCCCUCGGCUCUGACUCAUUCCCCAUCAGAGGAUGACUUGCACGAACCCUCGUACCUACCACCUCCGCCACCGGAGAUUCUGGAAAGCAAUGAGUUGCCUCCGCCCCUCGACCCCACACUAGAUCACCAUGCUCAACUGUCCAACGCUGGCCUCCAGCAGUUCCUGGCGCAAAAGUUCCCCAACAUGGUGUAUGACUUCACCCCAGCUAGUGCUGAAGAAUCCUCUCCCCCUCCGCCUCCACCUGCGGCGGAGCUCUCGACCCCUGCGGCCCUGCGGCCUUUGUCCCCCAACGCCCCGCCUCCGGCACCACCCAAAACCUUCACGGUUGGAUUUCCUCCCCAAACUGCACGAAGACCCGCAGGGCCCUCCUCCCUCCCGCUUGCGCUAUCCCCAGUGUCACCCACAGCGCCUGCCAGCAGCCACGGGCCUGUAAAGAAGCAGCAGAGUUUCUCGACAGGCCACUCCCCUAAUCAGCCACCCCCCACGCUCCCCAAGCAGCACAGCCUCUCCUCCAAAAACCUCGUCCUCUCCCCGUCCUCCUCCUCCUCUUCUGUCUCCAUGGCUACCUCGUCGUUGGUCAAGCAGAUUGUCAAUCAAUUCCCGGGAAACGCUGUCUCCUCCCCUCCUCCCUCCUCCAACUCCCUGGAAGGAUCAAAGUUAGGUGCUCCUCACUCUCCUCCAGCAGUCAAGGCAAAACCAAAAUGGCAGCCGGGCGGCGCUGUCGCUCCCCAGUCGCCCGAGUUCCCCCCGCCUCCUCCUGACGGAUCCCUCAACGACUUCCCCCCUCCGCCUUCCUCAAAGACGGGUUCCCCCAUAAAAAAGUCACCUUCCACUUCAUCCGCUGGCUCCAUCAAGCGGGGGCCUCCACCGACCCCACAGAGGGCCUCCUCCGUGCGCUCCAACUCGGGCGAGGGGCCCGACGACAGGCCCAAGAAAGUCGAGAGCCUGCUCAGCAAAUUCGGACAAGCCGGUACGUCUUCUAGUUCUUCGUCGGCGACCGGCUCGCCCGCCAAGGAGUCCUCUGCACUCCCGACGCCACUUCCCAAGCCAGGUAAACUGAAUUUGGCCAACCUCCCGCUGGCCCUCCAGGGGCUCCAAUCAAGCCAGCACCACCAGUCUUCAGAUUUCCCUUCGCCGCCACCCCCGCCCCCAGUUUCCCAACCGCAACACCUGGAGUCAUACCCAGACUACUUCCCGCCCCCGCCAAGUGACUCUGAGCUCUUUCCUCCUCCACCCCACCCGUCAGAGUUCCAUAACCCGCUGAAGGUGGCAGUGGUCAACCCCCAGCCUCAGAAGCAGCAGCAGCCGCCGGCGCCGCUCACGUCUUCGUGGAAGCAAGGCUCCCUGAAAAAGGCAGCGGUGGCACCACCGACGCUAAACCGGCGGUCCAGCAACACGAGCCCGUACGACACGACGACCUCACUGCCGCUCUCGUCGCCGCCCCUUUCUCAGACCCCACCCCCCACCCUCACCUCCUACUCCUCCUCUUCUCCCGUGCCCCCCACCUCACCCAAAUCCGCAGCACCGAGCUCCCUGACGCUUAAGACUCACUUCCUGGAGGACCUUAACCGCACUCUGAAGAGGAAGUCCGUUUCCCGCCACGGGUCGCUCAGCUCCUCCCAUCUCAUCCCCUCCUCCAAGAUGGAGCCAGUGGCCACCAUGGACGACAUGGCCCUCCUCCCGCCCCCGCCGCCCGAGCUCCUGCAGCAGCAACAGGCGGCCCGCGGGCACACGCAAACGCUGUCCCGCCACCACGCGCACUCCCAGUCCGCCAAACACAACGCCAACAUCUCAGGCUAUGCAACGCUGCGGCGAGGACCACCUCCCGCACCGCCAAAACGGGACCAAAGUACCAAACUAACCGGCGAGUGGUAGAGGACAAAGAAAGACUUUGGAACUAUUUAUCGUCCCCCCACGGUGGAAUCAUCUUCCAUCUUGAGUCGUGUGACUUUCCCUAAUCUUCAAGACGCGGUCAGACCAAAAUCCAGCCAAAGUAGUGAUUUCAUUGGUCCAAUCAAAUCACACGUGUGGAAGGAAGAAGGCGGGUCACUUCUGACUGGAUCCCAAUGAACACAAACAGGAAGCAGAUUUGCGUUUGCUCGAUAUUGACUGACCCAAUACGCAUUAUCAUUCAAAUUAUUGUUUGUCUCAUUACCAAUAUAUGUUUAAAGUAUUCAGUCAAGAAACAUACAGUAUAUACACAAUUACAGUGUCUUUACUGUAUAUGUUUAUGUGUAUACGGGCAAACUCCUAAAACAGAAUCUUUUCACUAUUUGUUCAGCUUUGCAUUCAAAAUAGUAAAACUCGUUCGAUUAGAGAGGUUUUGAUUGUUAAAGAAACAUGAAAGCUGGUACCCAAAUGGAACCGCAGCAAUGAGGAAGGAUGUCGGGCGGUGUAACGAGUUGUGUUUAUAGUUAAUGUAUGUCGUGGACAGGGGAGAAGCGUGAGGGCCUUUUCAGUUCAAACCUUUAGUGUGUUUUUAUACAAGAUUAUUUAAUGCUGGAAGGAAGAUGUUAUCGCCACAAUAUUAUUUGAAGUUUUAAAGGAGGUGUCAAAAAGUUUGAUUUUGAUGUCAAAAGUAUUCAUCUUGCUUAAACUGUUCAAAUGAUAA